UGCAUGGAACCUGGUGACGCGUGAGUACGUGGCGCUGACGUCAGCGAUUUCCCCGGCUCAGACGGAGAGCAGCUGAACUGGUGGCCGGUGAGCUAGACGGUGGUCCAGGCCCCAUGAACACUCGCAAACGUCACGGUUCCCGUAACACAGAGAACGGAGUAUACGUAGGACCACCCCAGACCCAGGUCCUGCCCUCCCAGAUCACUUCAGAAGCACCCACCCCAGUACUUCCUGUUCCUCCUGCUGAAAUUAUGUCCUGUCGUGACCGGACUGCGGAAUUCAUCUCAGCUUGCAAGUCUUUACGUGGUCGUCAGAAUGGUGUUCAGUUGUCCACACCUUCUCAAAAUGCGGUUAAACAGAGAAGCGAGUUCACACUUAUGGCAAAACGCAUUGGAAAGGAUCUUAGUAACACAUUUAGCAAACUGGAAAAAUUGACAAUAUUGGCAAAAAGGAAGUCUCUCUUUGAUGACAAAGCAGUGGAGAUUGAGGAGCUGACCUACAUCAUUAAACAGGACAUUGGCAGUCUCAACCAACAAAUUGCUCAGCUCCAGUCAUUUGUCCGAGCUCGGGGCAGUCAGAGUGGACGACAUCUUCAGACUCACUCGAACACCGUAGUAGUCUCUUUGCAGUCUAAACUGGCGUCCAUGUCGAACGACUUUAAGUCUGUAUUGGAAGUAAGGACAGAGAAUUUGAAGCAGCAGAGGAGUCGCAGAGAGCAUUACUCUCAGGGCCAGGUCUCCUCUCAUCCCUUUCAGCAUAAUAGUUUGGGUCCCUCUGUUCUGUUACAAGAUGAUUCUCGCAGACAUGGUGAAGUGACAAUAGAAAUGGAUUCGAAAGUCAGCCAGCAGUUGCAGCUCAUAGAUGAGCAGGACUCUUAUAUUCAGAGCCGAGCAGACACUAUGCAAAACAUAGAAUCCACUAUUGUUGAGCUGGGUUCCAUCUUCCAACAACUGGCCCACAUGGUGAAAGAACAAGAGGAGACUAUACAAAGGAUUGACGGUAACAUUGAAGACACCUCAUUAAACGUGGAAGCUGCUCACUCAGAAAUCUUGAAGUAUUUCCAGUCUGUCACAUCAAACCGUUGGCUCAUGAUUAAGAUCUUCCUUAUACUCAUUGUUUUCUUCAUCAUUUUUGUAGUUUUCCUUGCCUAAAUCCACACUUACAAGAUGAACUCUCUGCCCACCUCCAUUAACACAACGGAUUACAUACUCUAUUUUUGCUCCACUGGGAACUCCGCUACCAAUUAGAGGGAGCCCACUGACCAGCUAUUGUCACUGUGUGUUUACAUAAGAGCUAGUGUGGUAGAAGGCAAAGUCACGAGGAUGUGUGGGGUUGUACAGUGUACAUAUUUAAAUAUAUAUAUGUAUAAUAUACAGAGUGACAGUAUGAUCUAGAUGCCGAAGAAAACAGUAUGUGCUAUCCCAGUUGAUCUUUAAACCAUGCCAAAUUUUAAGCAAUCCCCUUUAUUUAGUAUAGACAGCUGGAAUGCCACAUGUUGUUUGUCUAUGAUCUAAACAUUAUAUACGUAGAUUGUGCACUCUUUCCAAGCUCUAUGUAUGCACAGAGUUGAGUGUAAAUUUGGUAAUGUGUGUCCUUUGCACAUGUAUAUAGGCGAGUAUGUAUUCAUGCAUACACAGAUCUUACCUAAGUUGGCUGUGCUUGAGGUUUUAGCCAAAUAUACACAGUGAUAUGAGCACAUCCAGACCACUAACGGCGUGUGUUCACAAGGUCAUCUAUCUUGACACUCUUGCUGGAACGCCCCAAAGACUGAUCCAAGGCAAAGGAAAUCUGGCAGAGGAGCUGUGAUUGCAUUCAUAUCCCUCGUAAUUAUUUUAAUCUAUUGUAAACAUUAUUAUUUUUUUUUUUCUUCAUUUUUUUUUAAAUUAUUAUUCUCUUGCAUUAAAAUGCCCCUCAAUCCACAGAGAAUUGGGUCAUCUCUGCUGGGAGAGGGCUUGAUCACUUUUUUCUCAGCAGGACUACAUGUUAUGUUGUGGGAAGGGUUUUUAUAACACAUUCUGUAACCCUAAACACAAAAGGACUGUCACCCUCCCACAACCUUUCUGAUUUGGUCCUUCUGAGUAUGGCUUUUGGCCUUAGCCCAAUGUAAAAACUGUAUAUAGUGCAGAAUGCCGGAAUUAUACUCAACAUUUCAAUUCAA